GCCAUUGUGGAGGAGGAGAUUCAGAGGACCAUGGCUCAGGAUGACACAGAGAAUCAGUUCUUUGAUCUCAACAAGCCGCAGGUACUGACUUAGCAUUAGCAACCCUCAUCCAGACUUUCUAUGUAGAGCAUGCUAACAGGGGUCCUACCAUUAUAAGUGUUUUGCACUCAAGGAUGUGAAUGCUAAGCUGUGUGUGUGUGUGUGUGUGUGUGUGUGUGUGUGUGUGUGUGUGUUUAUGCUACACAGAGGGAGUGUGGCGAUUGGAUGGAGUCCUGUCAGAUCCUGCUGUCUGACGUGAAGGGCAGUCCCGUGGAGCUGCGCAUCACACUGAACUGCAUCCCCCAUUGCCCAGCAUAUAAUCUCUAGUGAGCCUCUGAUAAUCAUUUUACUGUGGUCCCUCUCUACCUUGCAGUUAGCCACCCAAAAUGGAAAUACCAUCCCACUGGGCACUGAUGUAUAUUCUAAAGUAAAAUCAAUUUUUUUUAACCAUGACAUUGGAAUUAUGUUCAAAUGUUCAAAUCCAAACAGUUUUCCAAGUUCAUUCAACAUGAUCAGGAGGAAAAAAUAUAUACUAUAAUUAUUUUGUUGAAAUGACGUGGAUUCAACCAGCUUGCGCCCAGUGGGGUGUCAUUUUAACAUUUUAAGCAUCACAGGUUUUUGGUUGAUGUGAUAUAAAGUAUAAUGAUGUCAUUAGAUGAACCUACCUGCAGUGUAUCCACUGGAGGCUUUUGAUGAAGAGGAGGAGGAGGAGGAGGAGUAGGAGGAGGAGGAGGAGCAAAAUGAUCAAUUAACAGAGGUCACAUGGUGACCAAUCUACAUGAAAAAAGACUACUAAAAAAGACUUUAAUUUAUGGAACAAAACUGGCCAUAUUCUAUUCCAGUAUCUGAGAGUUGCUCAACAAAUAAUGAUAAUAAUAAUGAUUAUUAAUAUUAAUGAUGAUGAUGAUGAUGAUGAUGAUUAUAGUAAUUAUUAUUAUUAUUAUUCAUGCUAGGCACUUGUAUCUUCCAGCUCUGUGAUGAGAUUUCCCCUAGAUGCAGAUCUAGGAUCAGCUUCUCCUCCUCUAAUCCUAACCUUAACCAUUCAUUGGGAAAUGCUAAACUGAGUCAAAUUCUAGGGGUAACCUCACCCUUCACUAAUGUCCAGAGCCGGAAGUACACUAUAUAUACAAAAGUAUGUGGACACCCCUUCAAAUGAGUGGAUUCGUCUAUUUCAGCCACACCCGUUGCUGACAGGUGUAUAGAAUCGAGCACACAGCCAUGCAAUAUCCAUAGACAUACAUUGGCAGUAGAAUGGCCUUACUGAAGAGCUCAGUGACUUUCAAGGUGGCACCGUCAUAGGAUGCCACCUUUCCAACAAGUCAGUUUGUCAAAUUUCUGCUAGAGCUGCCCCAGUCAACUGUAAGUGCAGUUAUUGUGAAGUGGAAACGUCAGGGAGCAACAAUGGCUCAGCCGCAAAGUGGUAGGCCACACAAGCUCACAGAACGGGACUGCGAGUGCUGAAGCGUGUAGCGUGUAAAAAUCAUCUGUCCUCGGUUGCAACACUCAAUACUGAGUUCCAAACUGCCUUUGGAAGCAAUGUCAGCACAAUAACUGUUUGUCGGGAGCUUGAUGAAAUGGGUUUACAUGGCCGAGCAGCCGCAAACAAGCCUAAGAUCACCAUGUGCAAUGCCAAGCGUCGGCUGGAGUGGUGUAAAGCUCGCCGCCAUUGGACUCUGGAGCAGUGGAAAUGCGUGAUGAAUCACGCUUCACCAUCUGGCAGUCUGAGUUUGGCAGAUGCCAGUAGAACGCUAUCUGCCCCAAUGCAUAGUGCCAACUGUAAAGUUUGGUGGAGGAGGAAUAAUGGUCUGGGGCUGUUUUUCAUGGUUCGGGCUAGGCCCCUUAGUUCCAGUGAAGGGAAAUCUUAACGUUACAGCCUACAAUGACAUUCUAGACAAUUCUGUGCUUCCAACUUUGUGGCAACAGUUUGGGGAAGGCCUUUUCCUGUUUCAGCAUGACAAUACCCCCGUGCACAAAGCGAGGUCCAUACAGAAAUGGUUUGUCGAGAUUGAUGUGGAAGAACUUGACUGGCCUGCACAGAGCCCUGACCUCAACCCCAUCGAACACCUUUGGGAUGAAUUGGAACGCCGACUGCGAGCCAGGCCUAAUCGCCCAACAUCAGUGCCCGAACUCACUAAUGCUCUUGUGGCUGAAUGGAAGCAAGUCCCCGCAGCAGUGUUCCAACAUCUAGUGGAAAGCCUUUCCUGAAGAGUGGAGGCUGUUAUAGCAGCAAAGGGGGAACUAACUCCAUAUUAAUGCCCAUGAUUUUGGAAUGAGAUGUUCAACGAGCAGGUGUCCACAUACUUUUGGUCAUGUAGUGUAAGUUGUGCCUCAUCGACUGCAGUUUUGGAAUUAUUCUGCAAUACCUGUUUUUAACCAGCAGGUGGAGGCAGAGGACCCAGAAGAGGCCAUGGAGUGCUCACUAGCCGGCUCUAUUAUGAAGCUGAUAGGCCAUGAUGGUAACAUCAUUGAGAAACCCUGGGGGAGGAUACUAUUCAGCUGGAUGGGGUCCUGUGUUCCUUGUUUCAUUGUGAAAACAUUGAGCCUUUGAUGCCCUGGCUACAGUGGAGAUUCUGCAGCACUAGUUACUGUAAGUUAUUGGUCUUUAAUGAGGGGUCACACUCUCUCAGCACUGUGUAUCUCCCAUCUAAGGAUUAUUACUGGAGUAUUACAUUGAAAACACAAACACAUUUGGUUGUCUCUUGUAAAGUGCUUCACUUAGUAAAGUGCUUCACUUAGCAACUGUAAUGUACACAACUGUAUACUUCAUUGAAGUGUGUGUGUGUCAGUAGGGUUGAGGCCCGGGCCCAGAAUGUAGAGGAGUGGGACCUAAAGGCAGAGGAGGCCCUCCAGGCAGCGCUGGAGAAGAUCCCGGAUCUGGAGAGACAGGGCAGGCCCAGCCUGGAGGCCAAAGGUAGGUCAAUACCGAGACACCUCUGUGAUACAUAUGUAGGAUCUUAAUUUGAGCCAGUUCGCUACAGCAGGCAAAUAAUCCUGCAGCAACAGGAAAUGUGAAUUAUUAUGUGGAUUAUAAUUACUUUAGUUUGUAGGGGUUGAUACAUUUGACACAUGGGAAAUGUCUUGAAUUUCAAAGUGGAAAUUACAAACUUCAGAAGCCUUUUUAAGCCUCAAAUCCUACAUCUGUAGGUCAACACUGUUGGAUAUGGGAUUUGGACACUCAUCUAUACAAUUUGCAUUGCAGUGAGCAAGAGGUCUGUGGCAUCGGCUCUCAAGUCAAAGGUGUCCACCCAUGAAACCAAAACAGUGAGUCAGAAGCCUGAGCCUAGCCCCAAACACCACAAGCCCAAGAAACGCUGA